AUGUACCCGACGAUUCGUGAUAAUCAAGAUUACACCAGCAUUAUCAACGAUAAGCAGUACAACCGUGUUCAAGGUUAUUUAGAGGAUGCACGUCAACAAGGCGCUGAGUUGAUUGAAAUCAAUCCUCAAAAUGAAGAAUUAGCGAGUGUACACCGCGUCCACUUGCUUUAUACUAUUUCGACUUUGACAAUGCCCGCGCAGAAUACGUUUCUCAACGUACCCAUUCUGGGCAUUUCGGUCAAAAUGCCGUAG